AUGAGUUCAAACAUAUUAGCUCCGGGCGCCAUAGAGGAGGUUGUUCAACUACUGGGAUUGGACUCGGCCGCCGCACCGACGGAAUCCGACAUUUUAAAGGGAAAGCCCUCAGCAACCGAAACCUUGCACAAGUGGACAGUGGCCAUAACUCUAGGGGCGCACUUUCGGUCACACAGAUCAUUUGUCAGGGACAUCAACCCAGCCAAGCUUGAUGAUGCAAAAUUGAGGGUGAUUCUAGAGUCGAUUGGAGGGGAAACCAAAUGUAACACCCAUGACGCCCUCAACAUACUAACAUACACCACACUGGAAUGCCUCGGGUAUCCUCGAUUAACGAAGAUCAGUUUGGACGCCUCCCAAGAUGCCGGAGAGAUGUUCCUAGCCUUUGUGUUUCUACUAAGUGCCCUUAAUUGGUUCAACACCACGGAGAAGAAGUGCCCGGAGUACCUCGAAUUUCGAAGGUGCCUAGUGAGUGCCGUAGAUGACGAGAUCGGCAUCUCACAAGUGUCUCGACUAUUGGAAUCAUCAGGAACAGAUACUAAGUUGGCAGACGUCGGGAUAUUACUGGAUCGCCGCCGUGCAAGUCAGAUUGAUGCCCGCGCUAAGGAGGGCGUUGCCCGUAGCGGAAAAGCGGCAUCCACAAAAGAUGAGCAUUUACGAGGGGCAGCUAUGAUCGACGAAGGUGCACGACUGCACUUUUUGAAGGCCUCCGAACCUCGUGGUAGCGGACGUGUCGCACUCAAAAUAGAUUAUACCAGGGAGGAGACAAGUUCCGACCAUCUAACACCAUUAGGUUCCAAAGGUGGACCCAAACUGAUGGAUUCAUCCGGUGGCAGAAAUAGGUUCCCAAUACAAAGUAGGAUUAUAGGGAAGCCGUCCUCGGGGAAUUCGCUACCUCACGCGAAACGUGAAAGCGUUGGCAAGGAGCUUCCGCACACCGGCAUAGAACCCGUCCUACUUGAUGUCGAAAACGCCGUUUCUCGUGUUAAGUCCGACUUCGAUGCAAAGUCGCAGCUGUUGUGCCGGAGCAAGAAUGCCGAGACUUUUGACUCGGAACUGCUCCGCAUUAUAAUGGGUCAAAGUCAGCAGCAGGUGAUUUUCAACAACCUCAUGGAUAACAACGUGGACGUUGCGGCUCCCAAAGAUGACCCAGGGGCGAAUAAAGUGAUAAUUGGGCAGCGUAUUCGUCCGGGCAUAUCUGCGGACAACACACCUAGAAGCGUACCAUCAACACAGGAUGAAAUCAAGUCGCUGCUGGACGAAAUUAAAGAGCUAAGCAACGCCGUCAUGCAAUCGCAACACAGGCUGAAACGCCUAUCACACUCGGUGGAGCAUGGCGACACGCAGCGACUGAAACAAUUUGCUUCGCUGUCCGAAGAUCGCAAGACCUACGAUAAGCCGUGGGGCGGUAAGAAUCAAGAGACGGCUCGCCAAGGUAGUACAUACCUAAACGACUCCUACAGCAUGCCGAGCCCUGCGGAGUGGCUGCUAAUAUCUCAAAAGGAUCCUUUUGAUCGUCACUUGGCUCUACUCAAAAUGAUCGCCAAGUCGCUGGACAAUGAGUCGAAGAGAUCCUCAAUAUUCGGAGCUGCGUUGCAAGUAUUGAAGCACAAAAGGCCACAAGCAUCGACUAAGCGCGCCAGUAAUUCGAGGGUUGACAGUUUAGGCGAGAAGGGUAAGAAGGGCGGCUUUCUAAAUUAUCUGACGAGCACACUCAAGUCGAGCGUCCGGGAGGGAACUGCAUAUAGUGACGACUACACGGAGACAAAAAGUAUUGUCGAGAAGAGGCUGCACCUGUUCGAAGAGGCGUGCAAGCACGACCCCAUGAUAGAGUUUGCUGCCCUGCCCGAGUGGAUUCACCACUACAACGAGAACGAUGCCCACGAGAAAACCCACGUGGCUACGGCCGAUGACGGCAACCAACGUCACGGGGAGUCCACGAUCAGCCAGCGUGAAGCGGAUGACUUUGAACGGCUGCAACAGCUGGUUAACCACGACGCCGUUACAAGAUCUCGUAGCGACCGACACAACGCCCAUGGCGACACCGACCCAUCGUGUUCCAAAAGCAUUCUAGAUUUCGAAUAUUAUUUCAGCCUCGCCCGAGAAGCGUACAACACCAGGGAAUCGCUGGACGUUAUGAAUACGGCACCGACGUUCGAUACAUUCGGCGAUGUGUUGAAUAAGCAUAGUGCGGUAAUGGAGAAAUCGAAAGCCGCCUCAGUCCUGGAAGCCAAGCACUGCCUCGAGAGGGUUUGCGAACAUAUUCCAACCGUCACCUUUUUAGACUGA